AUGUAUAAAAUAAAGGCAAGUUUUAUUACCAAACCCAACGCGACUCCGGAGGAAAUCCGAGGAUUACUACUCACUCAAGGUCCUAUUGGUAUAAGUGUUGAUUUAUGUGGAAUAUUUCGUCAAGUUUAUGAGUUCAAGGGGAUCUAUGUUCUGCCUGAACCAAAAGAAAAUAUGGAAAGGCACGCUUUGAUCAUUGUGGGUUUUGGUACAACAAAAGAUAGCAAAUUGUUUUUCAUUGUCCAAAACACGUGGGGGACAAAAUGGGGAUUCAACGGAUAUGCAAGAAUUAUCAUCAAAAAGACUUGUCCUAUCUUUUACGUGAGUGAAUUGGUUAACUAA